ACGAUCAACGUUAAUGUCGGUCUCCGCAGUGCGCUCUCGCCUGAGUCUUAGUUCCGGCGAUGGGUUCGUCUUCGAAGGCGCGGGCGAGGGAGAAGAAGCGCGAGCUCGGCGACCACGUCCUCGCUCUUCGCCAUCGCCUCCACCACGCCCUCUCCCUUGGGAUCAAGUCUCAAGGCAACAGAGUAAAGAAAUGGGAAUGUACGGAUGCUGGAAUACAGUCGCAUGUUCUUAAAACAAUGGCUGCAUUCAUCAGCUGCCUGUCCUCUGCUCCGUCACAGCAUCCUCUAAUUAAGGACUCGAUUUCGGAUAUGCUGGUUGCUUUGGAUGGAAUUCUUCAAUCAGAAAAUGAGAGAAUAUUGAGCCAGGCCGUAGAUGCGACUCAGAAGCUAGUUUCCACAAUUGGGAAUUCCGUACGCCAAUAUCCUGUUUUGGAGGUUAUUUUUUCUCUGUCACGCUUGUUGUCAUUAAACCAAUUGCGUAUCACAACAUCAUGUGCAAUUGCACUGAAUUGCAUCCUGACAAACCUAGGGAUGGUCAGAGGUGCAAAUCACAGGGAAAUUUGGGAGGCUCUGGAGAAAACUAAGACGAUUCGGAGCAUUGCCGAUGCUUUGCAAAAAUUUGUGGGUGGAGUUCAACCCAUUGAAUGUUUUACAGCGAUGACAGCACUUCUAACUACUAUACUAUGGAAGUGGCCUUCUGCAAGAUACCAUGUUUGGAGUAACAACAUGUUAAUGGUUAAAGUAGAAAGAUUUUGUGGGAAUCCUGACUCUUCAAUUGCUAUUAGUGUCCUAAAGCUUUAUUCUGCCCUAGCAUUAUGCGGCCAUGGGGCGAUGAAGCUUCUUGAAAGGAAAGAACUCACUGCUAAGGUUGUGCAGAGCUUGGGGAAGUCACAUCCAAUCAGUGUUAGAAUUGAGGCUCUAAAGCUUUGCCGUCAUUUAAUGAGAUCUGCGAAAGGUUGCUCGAUGUUAACCAGUUUGAAUUGUGAGGCUAUUGUUCAAGAAAUAAAUCAUGCGUUGGGUGGAUGGAGGUCGUCAAGUUGCAAGAGAAUUCCCCAAGAUCAGAUUCCUAUGGUGAUCGAGGCAUGUCGUACUGCACUAAUGACUCGCUGGGUUGGACCUCACCAUUCAUUCUUUUGGGCAAACAAAAUUGACAAAAUUCUACUUGAUAUUCUCAUUGGCAAUUGCAUAACUAAGAAUCAAACUCAAGUGCUGUUAUCUUCGGAAAAUCUACUAUCUUUAGUCUCUGACAAUGUCACUAGCGCACAACCCUUUAUCUGGGAUAUUCUUGGAUACCUUGCUGCACACUGUGAAGAGGACUUUCACCCUAAAUCCAAAGGAAAGCCUUUAUUCCUAGACAUCCUAAUAUCUUGUGCUUGCUUAGUGGCGACAGACAUGAUGCAAAAAGGAAUUACUUCUUUACCAUCGUCUGUUUCUGAGAUUGAACCUGUCUCAAGGGCUGUUCUCCUUAUGGUUUUUUCACCCUGCAAAUAUGUUUCAUCGCAAGCAAGAAACAAUCUUUCUGAUAUGGUGAAACCCUUUGGUGAUGAUUAUUUGCAGUUUGUUCUCUCUUCCUUAAAAGUGCUAGCCACUGGAGAUGUCUCUAUAGUUAGUAAUAGUCUUCACAGCAUCACUAACUUGAUAAAUUUAGCAUCUUUUUCAACUUUACCUGAGUAUCAUAAUCUCAUUUCAGAAAAUAAUGGUGUAGAGAUAUUGUCUAAUAUUAUAAAGAGUUGCUUAAAAAGUGAUAUACGUGUGAGUAGGUCGAGCAUUGCAUCUCAUCUGCAAUGCUGUUGGCAUGAUGUGGAAGAAUGGGAAGGCGAUGACAUUAUUUUGUUCUAUAGUCUUCGAGCGCUCUCUCAGUUGAUAGGGUUCUCCAAUUUGGUAUAUGAUCACACCAAAGAAAGUUCAAACAAACAUUCUGAAGCUCAGGAACUAAUUAGUAAUCUUCAGUAUAUAUUGAGUAGUACCUUUGGCCGCGGCCCUAGAUGGUUUGCUGCAUACAUUUUGAGCUUCUUUGGUCUCUAUGGCUUCGCAAAUAAACUUGGGAGAAGGAUGGAAAAAGCCCUUUACGAGCAAGAACUUGCUGACGUGGAAUUAUUACUCAUGAAUGGUCAAUCUUAUACUGUUCAUGGUGCUAUCCUGGCGGCUAGGUGCCCAUACUUGCUUCCUCAGAGAGAAUCUCAUAUUGAAGAGAGAAAAUUGAACGGACACCAUAAUGAGCUAGAGAUUGGGCAUCAUAGAGAGAAAUUAAUACAUCGGGUUCGAAUGUCUGAUCGUGUGGAUAGUGAUGCCCUGUUCAGGAUUUUGGAAUACGUAUAUACUGGGUUUACUUUAGUGGACAAACACCUUAUAAAGCAGUUAAAAUUACUCUCGAAGUUCUGUGAAUUGAAGCAUCUAUCUGCUUUGCUUCAGAAAAAGCAGCUGAGUUGGGGAAAUGCAGGUCCCAGCUUUGAUCUCACUGUAGUGCUUAAUCCAGCUGGACAUCCAUUUUCGGACAUCAUUUUGGAAGCUAAUUCAUCGGAAAGAGUGACAUGCAGCUUUAGCCUAUGCCAAUUAUCGCAACCACACAUGCACUCUCACAAAAUCAUACUUUCUUCUAGCUGUGAUUAUUUACGGGCUCUGUUCCAGUCUGGAAUGCAUGAAAGUUUCUCAGAGAUUAUCAAAGUCCCUAUUGGUUGGGAAGCAUUAGUUAAACUAGUCCACUGGUUUUACUCCGGUGAGUUACCAGGCAUCUACCCCGACUGUAGAUGGAACAACAUUGAUACUGAACUGCAGAUUCGCGAGCUUAGGGCUUAUGUAGAGCUUUGCUCGCUGGCUGAAUUCUGGUGCUUAGAAGAAGUUGGAGAAGAGAGCUUAAAGGUGAUUGCUUCGUGCCUAAGAUCGGACCAAAGAGCUUCAAUUGGGAUAGUUCAAUUUGCAACCAAGUUGAAUCAGUGGAAAAUAGUUGAAAUUGGGGCGCAGGAGAUAGCGCCUUCGUACUCUAAAUUGCGUGUUGCGGGUGAACUUGAAGAUCUUGAUGAAGAGGUGAUAGAUAUGUUACGUGCUGAGUGUGUUCGCAAUACCCAAAAGAGUGGUCACAAGAGUGUGUAAUUUUUCUUAUGGUCCUUUUUUCCUGGGCGCAUUUCUGUAUAUUAAUAGAUGGUAGGAGUCGAUCUCACGACUUCCACAAAACUUAGGAAGGAUUUAUGCUGUAGUUUAUGUAUAGGCUUUUCUGGUGAAAUUAGCUGACAUAUAAACUUUCUACCCAGCGACCUUAUCAACACCUAAUUUGUGUCUUUUUUAUUGUUACCAUUUUAAUUUACAAAUUUCCGAGUCCUAUUUUGGCAAGUAA